UUGGUGGCGGAGCCCGGAGAGCGUCGGGCCCGGAGGGUAGACAGGCUCUCGGCGGUGUGGCCCCAGGCUGGGCGGCGGGGCCUUCGCCAUGCCCGGGAUGGUGCUCUUCAGCCGGCGCUGGGCCAUCGCCAGCGACGACUUGGUCUUCCCCGGGUUCUUCGAGCUGUUCCUGCGAGUGCUGUGGUGGAUUGGCAUCCUGUCUCUGUACCUCAUGCACAGAGGGAAGCUGGACUGUGCUGGUGGAGUCCUGCUCAGCACUUACUUGAUCGUUCUCUUGGUUCUCUUGGCACUUGUUAUAUGUACUCUGUCAGCCAUCGUGCAUGUCAGCAUGAAAGGAACCAUUUGUAAUCCUGGACCACGGAAAUCUAUGUCUAAGCUGCUUUACAUCCGCCUAGCGCUCUUUCUGCCAGAGAUGGUCUGGGCUUCUCUAGGGGCCGCCUGGAUAGCAGACGGUGUUCAGUGUGACAAGACAGUUGUGAAUGGCAUCAUUGCAACCGUCGUUGUCAGUUGGAUUAUCAUCGCCUCCACUGCGGUUACCAUUAUCGUUGUCUUUGACCCACUGGGGGGGAAAAUAGCUCCGUAUUCCUCAGCUGGUCCCAAUCGCCUGGAUAGUCAUGAGUCGAGCCAGUUACUUAAUGGCCUCAAGACAGCGGCUGCAAGUGUGUGGGAAGCCAGAAUCAAGUUCUUGUGCUGUUGUAUUGGGAAAGACGACCGUACUCGAGUUGCUUUUUCGAGUACGGCAGAGCUUUUCUCAACCUACUUUUCAGACACAGAUCUGGUGCCCAGUGACAUCGCGGCGGGCCUCACUCUUCUCCAUCAGCAGCAGGACAAUAUCAGGAAUAACCAGGAGCCUGAUGAAGUGAUCAGCCAUCCCCCAGAGCCCUCCCAGGAAGCUGAUUUGGAUGCAGAGUUAGAAAAUUGCCAUCAUUAUAUGCAGUUUGCAGCAGCUGCUUAUGGCUGGCCUCUCUACAUUUAUAGAAACCAAUUUACAGGGCUGUGCAAGAUUGGUGGUGACUGUUGCAGAAAUAGGACAACAGAAUAUGACUUGGUUGGAGGUGAUCAGCUCAGCUGUCAUUUUGGCUCCAUCCUGCAAACGACAGGGCUCCAGUACAGGGAUUUCAUUCACAUAAGCUUUCAUGACCAGGUAUAUGAGCUUCCCUUUUUAGUGGCUCUGGAUCACAGGAAAGAAUCUGUUGUGGUAGCUGUGAGAGGAACCAUGUCUCUCCAGGACAUCCUUACGGACCUGUCAGCGGAGAGUGAGACCCUCAACUUAGAGUGUGAAGCGCAAGACUGUUUGGCACACAAGGGGAUUUCUCAAGCUGCCAGAUACCUUUACCGACGACUCAUCAACGAUGGGAUUUUGAGCCAAGCGUUCAGCAUUGCUCCUGAGUACCAGCUUGUCAUCGUGGGGCACAGCCUGGGGGCAGGCGCUGCAGCCCUGCUGGCCAUCAUGCUCAGACCCGCCCACCCACAGGUCAGGUGUUACGCCUUCUCCCCGCCCCGAGGGCUGCUGAGCAAAUCCCUUUAUGAAUACUCUAAGAACUUCAUUGUGUCACUUGUCCUGGGCGAUGAUGUGAUUCCCAGGUUAAGUGUGACCAACUUGGAAGAUUUGAAGAAGAGGAUCCUACGCGUGAUUGCUCACUGUAAUAAGCCCAAGUACAAGAUCUUGCUGCACGGAUGCUGGUAUGAGCUGUUUGGAGGGGAUCCUGACAACUUUCCAACAGAGCUGGAUGGGGGUGACCAGGGAGACCUGACACAGCCUCUUCUUGGGGAGCAGAGUCUGCUGACACACUGGUCCCCAGCGUACAGCUUCUCCAGCGACUCCCCCCUGGAGUCCCCCACCAAGUACCCCCCUCUGUACCCUCCCGGCAGGAUCAUCCACCUGGAAGAAGAGGGCCCUUCAGGGAGAUUUUGCUGCUGUUCUACUGCUCAUUAUAGAGCAAAGUGGUCACAUGAAUCAGAAUUCAGCAAAAUACUUAUCGGCCCAAAGAUGCUAACAGACCACAUGCCAGACAUCCUGAUGAGAGCCUUGGACAGUGUGGUGUCCGACAGGGCCACCUGCAUUUCCUGUCCGGCCGGAGGAAGCUCUCAUGUGGACAUGGUGUAACCAGGGCUCCUGGAGACUGCUCCAGGACAAUGGACUCGUGCUGCUCUUAAACUGUUUGAUUCCCAUGAUGCCAAUACCUUGGAUGUCCAUCGCUAGGAAUCUGAUGGGUAUGGAAUUUGAUGGUCUUCCAAAUGAGAGUAAUUUGAGAAAUAAUUUUGAUCAUAGUAUUAGCAGAAUCAGGAGUCAGGAGAGAGCACUGAGGUGAUGGGACUCUAGAGACUGAGAAUGAAUAUGUAAGGAAGCUUCAGGAAGGCCCUUUCCUGUUGGCCUGCUGAUUCCUUGGCCAUCUGAGAACUGCCCCAGGAAAGGGUCCUAAUGGAUCUGUAGACUCCCACCCCUCAGGCCACCUUUUCACUCUCAGGGUCUUAACACUGUUUAGCUGAGUCUGAACUUGGCACACAGGGGUGCAGUUUAUUUUGCAAACUAGAUUUUCCUGGCUACACAAACUCAGGACUCAGCUGGGAGGGUGCAGCCUGGGGUUUUCUCCUGGGUGGCACUAAGGGUCAGCCCUGAGCUCCGACUGGGAAUCAAGAUGAACCCGGGUCGGGGAUGAGGAGAGACCUCUCCUCCUGCCCUCCCCGAGCAGCGGCAGUGCAGUUCCUUGUUUACACUGCUUCAUCAACACCCAGUCGAUUACUGAAUUGUCAUGUAAUACUCUGGCUCCCGGAAGUCAACCAGGGGAUUCAGAGGGAGUUAAAAAAAUAAAGCACUUAAACAUGUCA